AAAUCACGGCUGUGACGUCAGCCUGUGUUUUUCUGCUGUUUUUUUUAGCUUCUAGUAAACAGGAGUCCCGCCAGGCUCCACGGCGAGUGGGAUCGAACCUGUUAACGCUGCAGCUACUGAUGGGAGAUAUAAGAAGCCUUGUUGCUGUGAAACACAUACUGUGAUCGGACUGACAACUCUCACUCAAGCAGACAUGAAGAUAAAAGCCCCGGUGGUUUGGACGUGUUCUUUUGUCAUCUCCCUGUUGGUGGGCUCCUGUCAUGCUCAGAAGCUGAACAUACACUGGGGUCCUCAGUCCAUGAUGUACCUGAAGGGCAAAUUUGGCAGGAGGUUCGUGUCAGAGGAUGAAAACAGUUUGCUGAAGCAGGCCCUGCAUGGCUGGUACACGGUACUCAAAGAUAAACAGAGGCAGCUCAGUAAACCCAGUCACAUGCUGAACUCUGAAGAGAAAGUCCUCAUCCACUACCUCCAGGACAGAUGAGAGACGACCCCGAGUCGCACCGUCCACAUGGUCAUUAAGAACAUGUCCGACACACAGACGUACACUUCCUACGCACAGAUUAACACGCAGACACCAGUUAACAUCACCGCAGAGACGGUCCAUUUUGUUUCGGAUAGGCAGAGACGUAUGCGGUGCUACGAACCAGAGCCCCACCAUCAGCAACUUAUGAACAAGAAAUAUCAGUUGUCCUCUUUGUAUUUUUUCAUGUAUAAUGAAUAUAAAGUGUGUGUGUGUGUGCUCCUUGCACAGAUUUCAGCUUGCUGUAAAUAAAGCAGAGGAGAGGAACAACUGA